AGAAUAAUUGAUGCCCUAGAAGAAGAAAAGCAGUUCCUGACCAACUCCAUCACAGAUUACUUGAAGGACUAUCAAGAACUACUGCAGGUGAAAGCAGGUCUCAUCCUUGAAAUUGAAACCUACAGAGCUUUGUUAGAAGGGGAGAGCAACCAGUGGAUUAUUACAUGGAGAGAACAGCACGGAGGGAAAUUGCCUCAAGAUAUUAUAAAUGCUUCAUAUAACUACACUGAUAUUUACUCUACUUAUGAAGAAAGAAAUAGAAAUAAAGCUUCACCAGCUCCCAGGAUCACUGACACCAGGCACAGGAUGCCAGUGACACACACGAGCAGCUCUGCACGUUACUCGGCUCACUCCACACAGGCUGGAUCUGGUGGAAGAACCUUUGGAAGAGAUGUACUUGGUUCCACUUAUCGCCCUUCAACAACUGUUACAAAGGAUGAAAGGAUUGUAACAGACCACAAGGAAAUGAGAACAUUCACUCCUGCCUAUAGUAGCUGGAAAAGCACUGAAAUGCAGCAAAAGACAGUUCCAGAAAGAAAGAAAACAGAAGUUACAACUUCAUCCACAGUAUCUUUUUCCAAAGAAUCAGCACGUGCUGAAAGAUCAGACAAGAGUCACAAGUCUGAUGCUGAAGGUACAAGAACAAAACCAAACCUCACUAGAUUUCCAGCUUAUGAGCUGAUUACCAAUGCAAAACCAUCUAGAUAUGAAGAAACUAUAACUGAAACUCGGACCACACUGAAAGAAAGAAGAGGAGGCAGCAAACCAACUGAAGAGAAAACAUCUCUGCUGAAAGAAAAAGAUAAGCUGGAGAAACAAACAAAGGAUGAGAAAAAGCAAACAGAUGAGAAAACUCUUAUAGAAGAUAGAAGUGCUGAUUUUGGAAGGAAGACUGAGCAGAAAACAUAUAUCCGUGAGGAGGUUAACCAGAAAUUAACAGGGAGUGAUAUUUCUAAUGCAAGAACUUUGAAAAGUGAAUCAACCAAAAGAGGUACAAAUGUGACCUCAGAAUCAAGAAGCAAAGAGGUCAUUGAGAUACCCAUCAGCAUUGAAGGGGCUGCUCCCGACAAAGGAUCUCGGAGAAAUAAAGAUAUAAGGGUACAAGGUGUUAAAACUUACUUAGGAAGUGAAACAGAUGACUAUGUAACUAAAUCUGCUGAAACUCACCAAGUGAGGAUUUCAGAAGCAGAAUCCAGUCUGGAAGAACAAAUCAGCGAUGGAACUCAUCAAAUGGGAACUCUGCCAACGGAAAAUAUAGCAGAGAAUAUUGUUGCUGACAUUCUUAAAACUUUUACACAGUCCUCUAGUUCACAAAUGUCAACAGACUCCAAAGUGACCUAUUUUAAUAAGGAAGAACAGCCAGAUGAAGGGAAAAUAAAGACCAAGAUCACAGUGCAGUCUCAAGUUCAAGAAGACAUAGAUAUUUCUGAUGAAGGUGACUUAGGACGUCUCUCAAACCAGGAUGUUAGAAAGGUGAUUCGAGAGGGUGUUGAGGGAGCUCCUUCCAGAGAGGAGAUAGAAGAUAUAGUACAUCACGGCCUGAAAGGAAGUGAGGGCGGAAAGAAUGUGUCUGUUAAUGUUGAGAUUGUAGAGGAAACACUAGAUUAUGCCACUGAUGAGUUUUCAACACCUUUUGAAGUAGAAGAAGUGGAGGACUCGUUCCCUGAGAGAGAGAGACGUUAUGGUGAGGAGGAGCAAAACAUCACAUUGACCUAUGAAGAUGUUAAGAAGAAGAAACCACGCCAUGAGAGCUUCACUCGUGUGGAAGAAGUAACUGAGGAAGAUGAUUCACCUAUUGAACAAAAAUAUUUUGUAUCUGUUCCUGAUGAUCAUCCCAUUAUUAAUGAGAAAGAUGAUGACUCAGUAUAUGGGCAAAUUCAUAUCGAAGAAGAAUCAACUAUUAAAUAUUCUUGGCAAGAUGAAUUUUUGCAAGGCACACAGAGUAAGAAAGAUGAAGGUGUGAGCUCUCCAGAAGAAACCUACAAAGUGGUAGGGGAGGAAGCAAGUGCUCAUAUUUUAAAAGAGCAUCCUGAAGCUGAAACGUCCCAUGUUGAAUCCAUGGUGAUUGAAAAAGAAAUUAAAAUUCCCCAUGAAUUUCAGACUUCCAUAAAAGGGCUUUUGUCCAAGGAAACGAAGGACCCUAAACAUCAAUUGAAGGAAGCUUUGGAGCAGUUGGAGGGCAGUCUCCCAGAGAGUGUGAAAGAGGAGCUGUUUGCAUUAACAAAAGAAAACAAAGUUGAUGCUAGUAACCUAGAAUUUGAUAUCAAAAAAGUUGAUCAGAAGGAGGAAGGUGGCUCAGUGACCAUCGUUGCUGAAGUCAAUCUGUCUCAGACCCUUAAUACGGAUGAAUUCGAUGUGGCUCAGCUUGGUGAAGUACUCACGAGUGAGAAGGAAAAGGCAGCAUUGCAUACCCUGAAAAAAGGGAGCUCAGAGAGAGUUGUUGAUGGUAGAAGCAAUAUAGAAGUAGAUGUUUCUUCUCACACUCCUUUGGCUGAUCAAGAAAUCUAUCAGUCAUCCACAACGAGGCGGAGUGGUGGCACAGGGUAUCAUACCACGGAAAGAGUCAUCUAUGACGGUUCAGUUUUGGAAAGUGCAGAUUUUGGAGAAGUCUCUCACUCACCAGAAUCAACUGAUGAGACCAAGUCCACGAGGCGUAUUAGGAUUGGCCCAGCAGAAGUUCAGAGGUUUGAGCAGGUCAUGUAUGAAGGACCUGGUUCUGAAACGCUGGAGCUCAAUGCUGCAGAAGAUCUUGUUCACACGGAAGGAUCAUCAGGUUUUAGCCAAUCUGUGAAGCAUUUUAAACUGGGCCCUAAGGAAAUCCAAACCACAGAACAAGUGUUUUAUACAGGCCCUAUUACUACAGUUGUAGAAGAGAUUGAUUCUGGGAAUCUGUCUCAGAAGAUUUCAACAGACUUCAGCAGGUCCACAAGACGUGUCACAGUAGGAGCAAGGCAAGUAACUGAAGACUCUUUUGAAGAGCCUGUAUCAGACUCUCUGGCACUCAACAGCUCAGAUAACCUUUCUCAGACAGAAGGGUCUGUGGAUGUCAGCAGAUCAGUAAGGCACUUCAGGUUAGGUCCAAAAGAGGUUCAUACUGAGCAUGUUAUCUUUGAAGGGCCCAUCUCCGGUAAAGUGGAGGUCAGUGGCACUAGAGACUUCUCACAGGCAGAAAGUUCAGUCAGACACAUUCAGUUGGGUCCCCAAGAGUUUAUGACAGCUGAAAAGAUCAUCUACCAGGGGCCCAUCUCUGAGCACACAGAAAUCAGUGAACUGGAAGACCAGAGUCUUUCAGGAGGCUCAAGAUCUUUCAGGCAUGUUAAAAUAACUCCUGGAGAAACUCAUGCUGAGCAAAUCAUCUUUACAAGACCCAUUUCUGGAACACUGGAAGAUCUUUCACAAACAGAAGAGUCAUCUGAGAGCAACAGGUCUGUAAAGCAUAUUAAAGUAGGAUCCAAGGAAACAUCUUACACUUUUCAAAUGGAUGUUUCCAAUAUGGGUGGAAUAUCUGCAGUAAAAAGUGGAGAACAGCAAGCAGCAAUGCUGAUGUCCAGUAACCAAGACCCUUCUGUUAGUCACUCACAGGUCAGAGUUGAUCAGAUUGCAGAUGAAAAUACAGGAAGUGUCUAUGUUCACUCCAGUUUUUCCCAAGACCAUGGUGGAAAGGUGAUGGAACAGUCGUUUGAUAGAACUGUGCAGUUGCAGAGAACGGUCAACCAAGGGUCAGUUGUGUCUGAUGAAAAGAAAGUUGCUCUUCUCUAUCUGGACCAUGAGGAGGAAGAUGAUGAUGAGAAUGGAGACUGGUUCUGA